CCAGAGUUUCUUGAUGAUUUGUUAUUUGACACUCCCAGAAGGUCAAAUAUGAAUAUGUCUUCCAGAAUUUCAGCCAUUUCACAAAAGCUAGACCUACCCCUUAAUCAUAACAUGGUGGAGACAGUUGUGAAUUCAUUAGAAUGGCUAUCAUUAAUUCAGACGCAAGAUACUCCAUUACAAAUUUCACAAAAAUUCAAAAAUCCAAUAUCUCCGCUAGAUUUAUUUUGUGUACUCUUACAAGAUAAAUUAAAAUAUAAUCCCGGAGAGAGAGAUUUAUUGGAAACGAAAACUUCGACGCUAACGAGCUAUGGCUCAUUCGGAUCAUAUACAGCUAUGGCGAAGACUGUGGGGUUACCCGCCGCUAUGGCAGCCGAAAUGAUCGCACGAGGUGGGAUACCAGAUAAGGGAGUCUUAACCCCGACAUUGCCGCAUAUAUAUAAUCCCAUAUUGGAGAAACUAGAUGAAGAAGGAAUCAAGAUUGUAGAAUCCGUGUCGAGCAAAAGCAUGAAUGACAAGCUUGCGUGGAAUGGCAGUGGCAUUUGGAUUUAA